UCAAGGUCUGGUCUAAAAAUAAAUGGAGAACCCAACUGGUGAUGGCGUAAUGGACUAUAGCGAUUAUGAUUGGUCACCAAAUUAUGGCAACUUGCCUAUGGAGAUAAUUUUGCACAUAUUUCGAUAUUUACAUCAUGCCGACAGACAGGCUGCUGGAGCCACAUGCAUACGUUGGCGUGAAGCACUUUUCGUUGCUGAAUUCAAUCGUAACAUUCAAGUGCAUUUUGCCAAAGUGUGCCUUUCUGAUCGCUUACCACCAGCCAAGUACUUUCUAAGAUGUCAGCGACCCUAUCGUACUUUUUAUUUAGAAGAAGUAACAUUUGGCCAAGCCCAAAAUCUUUUGGAACAAAUUGGAAAUACUGCUGUUGAAAUAACGUUUGAUAAUGCCGACAUCGGAGACAAACAAUUCUGUGCUUUUAUGCAGCAAUUAACCAAAUUGGAAUCACUGACAGUGACCCGUUGCUCGCCACUCUUUAUGUCCGGCUCAUUUUUAGAGGGUAACACAGAUGUGGCUGACAGCUUUUCAAAUGUUCGUCGUCUCUCCUUAAAGAAUAAUCAGUAUCUUACCGACGCGAUACUGUUACGUUUGACUUCGCUGAUCAAAAACAUGGAAUCGUUUGAUAUGUCAGCAUGUCAUAUAGCAUACCACAACGCCAUUCAUCGUCGAUUUUACCCGAACGACGCUAUGUCCAAUAAUCCCAGCGAGUCAAUAUUAACCUUUAAAUUUAUUGCAAAAGUGGCCAACUGUCAUAGGAAAAGUUUGAGAGAACUUAACCUCAGUCACACUAUGAUGAGUGGGCCGGCAUUGCAGUCUCUAGCACGUAGUGAAAACGAUGAGUCCGGUCUCAAUCUCGAAAAACUUUUCCUAACAGGAUGCCAACAAAUAAAUACCAGUGGACUGAAGCUGUUUUUACAAACUCAAUCUAAUCUGACGACUUUGGAUUUAGCGGACACCCUUUGUGUGAAUGAUGAUUGUUUGACCUGCAUUGUAAGUUCACUGCCACAGCUACAGGACCUUAAUGUUGCCGGAUGCAGUGGAGUAACUAAUGCUGGAGCAAUGUUGCUGGCCAACGCAAGUCGUCUUCAAAAUUUAAAUAUAUCUCGUUGCGACGGCAUUACAACAGACGGCCUAGCCCAUGGGAUUGCUAAAGACACAAAUCGUGUUUUACAACGCCUCAACAUGUCAAACCUUAUUGUUUGCGAAGAAGGUAUUAAAAGCAUAGCGCGAAAUUGUCCAGAACUGCGAGUACUCAAUGUGGGGCAUUGUGUUAAUGGAGUCACCGAUGAAUCAGUGCAAUGUAUUGUUCAACAUCUCCGCUGGCUAAGAGAACUAUCACUCGAGGACUGUUUCCGUCUUACGGACGCGGCUUUAACGGGUAUUGAUAUGUCGAAGUUGGAAAUGAAGAGCUCGGCGAGCUCAACUAUGGGUACAUUAGACAAUUUCCACCCAACUCCACCCUCAUCCAUGCAUGAGUUGGAAGCAAUUCGAUCUUCAUCGCCACAGUUUAUGAAAAUAUCCCUACGCAGCAAAGCCGAAGAAGAUAUUGUAAGAGAUGCAAAUCGCAAACGAGCAAUGUUUGCCGUAUAUGAGUUAAAUUUAGUAGACGACGCCACAUUAGAUGGCUACAGUAUACAACAGCUUAGAGGCCUGCGUUCCCUCAACCUAAAAGGUUGCAACAAAAUCACAGAUGUAUCGCUUAAAUACGGCCUUAAGUUCAUCGAAUUGCAACGCCUUUGCUUGUCUUAUUGUCAGCAAAUUUCUUCGCUUGGAAUGGAAGCAUUGGUAUCGAAUUGUCCCUCCAUUGAAGAAUUAGAUUUGUCAGAUUGCUACAACAUCAAUGACAAAACCAUGCAGCUGGUCACUGCCAAAUUAAAACGUUUACGUACACUGCACAUUAGUGGAUGUUCUCAACUAACUGAGCAUAGUUUGGAUGCAAUUCUGGUGAAUUGCAAAUGCCUACAGACACUUUCGGUCUAUCGUUGUCGCAGCAUGUAUGCAGAUAUUGAAGAUCGCCUAUCAGUUUUGUCAACAUUGCGCAACUUGAAUAUGGACAAUUCAAGAAAUUUUGAUAAUGGUGAAAUCUUUCGAUUGAAGAAACGACUUGACUACUGAUAUUUUGCGGCUAUUUUUGUUGUUUGUAUAUUAUACUAUUUUCAGUUAUAUAG